CCCAGUUCUCCCUACCCAUCCAUUUUUCCAUUUCAGAACACCUUUGCGUUGCUCCUCCAUCCUUCCUUCUUUUCUCUCUCUUCAUUCAAUUCCCAAUUUCUCCAUCUUCUUCCCAACAACCUUUUUCGACCUUGUGUCUCUUCACCUCUUCAUCAUCUACAUAUUCCCCCACGCACAGACACACACCGCAUAUAUACACACAACUACGUAUAUAUCCAAGGGGAUUCCCCGACCCUGCGAUUUUGAUCUAUUUCAACAUUGCUAGGGUUUUAUUCAUUCGACCUCCAAAAUCGUUCCUAAAGUUAUCAAUUUCUGGCCUUUCUUGGAUUUAUUUCCUUAAAUUUGAUAUUUUGAUAGAUAAAGCCUGAAGUGUUAUCAUCUAGAGAUAAUCAUAGUUUUUCCGAGGUAGAUUAAGGUGUAAAGAUACUGAUAGGGUUUAAAGGAGGGGGUGAAGCGCGAAAUUUUAGUUUUUUGUUAGGGUUUUGUAUUGUAAAGGAUGUUGGGGGCUGGAUUGCAAUUUAAUAGGAGUAGACAUGGAGAAGAUCGGUUUUAUAGUGCGGCGAGGGCUCACCGGAGUCGGAAUCAGAGUCAGAAUCAAGAUAAUUUGAGGAGAGCUCAGAGUGAUGUUACGGUUAGCCAUUCUCCACAGUUGCCGGAGGCUGAGAGUCCCGCCGGAGCUACCGGAGAGGAGAAAUCAGUAGCCGCGGAGUUGUCCAAAAAGGUGGCAUUGAGGCCUUCGUGUAAUUUGGAACGGUUUUUGCUGUCCAUCACUCCUUCUGUUGCCGCUCAGUAUCUCUCUAAGACGACAAUGAGGGGAUGGAGGACGUGUGACGUGGAGUUCCAGCCUUACUUUGUGCUUGGUGAUUUAUGGGACUCUUUCAGGGAAUGGAGUGCAUAUGGUGCUGGAGUACCGUUGAUAUUAAAUGACAGUGAUGGUGUGGUGCAGUACUAUGUUCCCUAUCUAUCUGGCAUUCAAUUAUAUGGCGACUCGUCUAGAUCUUUGGCCAAAUCAAGGCAACUUGGUGAAGACAGUGAUGGUGACUAUUUUAGGGAUUCAUGUAGUGAUGGAAGUAGUGACUAUGAACAUGAGAGUGGUUGCAUUAAUUAUUCAAAGCAGCAAAGGAACUACAGUGGCCAGGCAAUCAAUGGCCCUCCUAGAAUUGAUCAGUUGUCUUUGAGAGACAAUCAACUGUCCUUUCAAGAAGGCUUUUCCAGUGAUGAAAGUGAGUCUGGGAGUUCUCAAGGAUCCUUGUUGUUUGAGUAUUUUGAGCGUGACCAGCCGUAUGGUCGGGAGCCUUUAGCAGACAAGAUAUCACAGCUUGCUCUUCGCUUCCCUGAAUUGAAGACGUUAAGAAGCUGUGAUCUACUCUCUUCUAGUUGGAUUUCUGUGGCCUGGUAUCCAAUAUACAGGAUACCCAUGGGGCCAACUCUUCGAGAUUUGGAUGCUUGCUUUCUGACAUUCCAUUCUCUUCAUACAUCUAUGACAGGGUUUCAAAGUGUGCCUGCUCCAACCCUUGCGUAUCCUGGCGAAAUGGACGGCGUUCCCAAGAUUUCGUUGCCUGUUUUUGGUCUUGCUCACUACAAGUUUAAAGCAUCAUUAUGGAUCCGCAAUGGGGGAUCUGAACGCCAAUUGUUGAACAACCUCCUACAGGAUGCCGAAAAUUGGGUGUCAAUGCGUCAAGUCAAUCAUCCUGAUUUCCUUUUCUUCCACCGGAGGUGAAAUCAAGAGAUUGCUACCCUUUGGUUUUAAAUUUUACAUUCCAAAGGGGAAAAUGGAAUUCAGCUUCGGCUUAUUUUUAGGCCAAUUAUGAAUUUCUUGGAAUAAAGUUACAAGGUUUUCUCCAGCUUCUUACUGUAGUAUUUACAAGUAUUAAAAAGGAGAAAAAGACGAGAAAAAGGAGGAAAAAAAGGGAAAAACAGAGAGAAGAAUAUGAAAUUUAGAGUAGAUGAAAUAGAAUUAAAAAAAAAGAAAAAGAAAAAGAAAAGGAUAGAUCAAGAACACUACAUAAUGGUUGGUUGAGAUGUAGAAUAAAACUGAGACAUUAAAGUAAGUGGGAGGAGGCGAUGAAAAGAAGUUAGCAAAGUUGUAGUCAGGAAGAGAGCUGAAGUGGGACUGCAAGCUGGCUGGCCUGGUCAGAUGCAUGAGCAAAUUUUGUCGUCCCUUUUGGUUUUCAUCUUAAGGGUUUUGAAAGUGCAGACUCCUCCAUUCUCCUGGGUAGAUGAUAUAUGAUGUUAACGCUUUUUAUCCUUUCAGGGGAUUUUGAUAGUUAAGUGUAAUGAUCUUAUAGUUUAGCUACCCCAUCCUGUGUACAUGAAUAUCUUGCUUCACUGUACUGUUUAAGUAGUAGAUUAAUGAAUUUAUGUUUAGAUAUCCCGUUAUUUAGUCUUUUUUAGAUUUA